CCGGACCACCAGGUUCCGAGGCUCUUUUCCAUUCCCGGGAUCUCGCCCGCUCUCCGCUACGCAGGUCUUGAAGCCGCUUCUCUGCCCGAGUUCGGUCUGGUCCAGCCCGAUUGCUUUCUCUGUACUUUGUGCCGCUAAGUUUUGGAGCACCAGUUCCCAGCCUCUGGGUGAAUUUCGGCUUUCAUUCAUGAACGAGCAUUUCCAUGGGCCUGUCUACCAUGAUGGGCAGCAGUACAUCCUGCAGCUGUCUGAUGAAGUACACAUCUAAGAGCUGGAGCAAUUCCUUUGUUGACAAAUAACUGCAAAGCAGUAUAUGUGGCAGCUGUCCUCUGGGAAGCACCAGGAAUUAUUCUUGGCAGAAGUAUUGUAGAAGAGAAUUCUUGACAAUGGCUUCAGCAGUGCUUAGUUCUGUUCCCACUACUGCUUCUCGCUUUGCUCUCUUGCAAGUGGAUAGUGGCAGUGGUUCUGAUUCUGAGCCUGGAAAAGGCAAAGGUCGGAAUACUGGAAAGUCUCAAACAAACAAAUCAACUACAAAUGAGAAAAAGAGAGAGAAAAGGAGAAAAAAGAAGGAACAACAACAGAGUGAAGCAAAUGAGCUCAGGAAUCUUGCUUUUAAGAAAAUACCCCAGAAGUCCUCCCACGCAAUUUGCAGUACUCAACAUGAACUUUCAUUGUCAAACCCAGUACAGAAGGAUUCACGAGAAGAAAAUUGGCAAGAGUGGAGACAAAGAGAUGAACAGCUUACAUCUGAAAUGUUUGAAGCAGAUCUUGAGAAGGCAUUGUUGCUAAGCAAAUUAGAAUAUGAAGAACAUAAAAAGGAGUAUGAAAAUAUUGAAAACCCUUCAACUCAGUCAAAGGUUAUGAAUAAAAAAGAUAAAAGAAAGAAUCAUCAGGGAAAAGACAGACCUCCUACGGUAUCUCUAAAAGAUUUUCAAUCUGAAGAUCACAUUAGUAAAAAGACUGAGGACAUGAGUUCUUCUCAGACUUUAUCAUCUGAUGGAGGAUUCUUCAAUAGAUUGGAAGAUGAUGUUCAUAAGAUACUUAUUAGAGAAAAAAGAAGAGAACAGCUUUCAGAAUAUAAUGGAACAGAUAAUUGUGCAGCUCACGAACACAACCAGGAAGUUGUUCUGAAGGAUGGAAGAAUUGAAAGAUUAAAGUUAGAGCUGGAAAGGAAAGAUGCUGAAAUCCAGAAGCUGAAAAAUGUGAUCACUCAGUGGGAGGCAAAAUAUAAAGAAGUAAAAGCAAGAAAUGCACAGUUAUUGAAAAUGCUUCAAGAAGGUGAAAUGAAAGAUAAAGCAGAAAUACUUCUGCAAGUUGAUGAAUCACAAAGUAUCAAAAAUGAGCUAACUGUACAGGUGUCCUCACUUCAUGCUGCAUUAGAACAAGAAAGAUCUAAAGUGAAAGUAUUACAGGCUGAGUUAGCCAAAUACCAGGGUGGCAGAAAAGGGAAAAGGAACUCUGAAUCCGACCAGUGUAGGUGAUUACAUUAGCCUGAAAAUUUAAGAUUUUCAGGGUUUUGCAAAAAUGUACAUAUUAAAUGCUGUGCAACUGCUAAACUAUGCAGUUUUUGUUGAAGAAAUUGAAAACAUAUGGCUCACUAACCGUCUAUAAUUUUAUGUUCUUUUGGCUUGAAGUGAAAGAAAAAUAGAAUUCCAGCAGAACUCAGUGAUUAUUAUUUGCCAUCCAUACUUAUCACUUUAGUUUUUCAUCAGUCAAUAAAAUUAAUUUACUCUUUUAUUUAUGUUUUAUUUUUUAAAAUUCAGAAACAAUGCUUAUUGCUUAUUGCACAAUCAGUUGGGUUAUUUCAGUUCAAUAAGUACUUAAUCAGAACUUUUUGUAUGCCAAACCCUAUGGCACAUACAAGGUGUAUGAAACAUGGCUAAUAAUGUAAAAUUAGCUCAAGGACAAUGGGGGGGGCAGUUAAAGACAACACCAAAAAUAAUUAUCAUAUAUGUAAGAGUGAUAUUACAUAGUUUGGGAUUUGAGAAAACUUUCAUGAGAUAGUUUUUUGGGGCUAUAUACACCUUUUCUGUAAAUUUUUGAGAGAUGCUCUGCAGAAGGAACAAAAUCUGGACUGGAAUAUUUGUUUAAAAAUAAUUUGGCUUCUGGACAGAAACAUGACACAAUGGGAAUAGAAAGUAUUGAUAAGAGAGAGAAAUGAGUGAGAAUUUUCACUGAGAUAAUGAUGAGUAGUUUAUUAUAUUCAUUUUUUAAAAAAGAUUUAUUUGUGCAUACAGAACUGGAGUACAGGCCAGCGGU